AUGUCUCCAGUUCGCCGCGACAUCGGCCCUCUCCGCAUAAUCGCAAUCGGUUUCAACAUCCCCAACAGUUGGGUCGCCGUUGCAGCAAGUUUAUCCACCGCUCUCGCAGCCGGCGGUACAGUCAGUCUCAUCUACGGGACGUUCGUCUCAUGCGCCUUUUAUGCUUGUGCUGCUGUGACGCUCGCCGAAUUAGCCAGUGUAUACCCAACUGCUGGAGGCCAGUAUCAUUUCACCAGCAUCUUGGCUCCUGAAAGGUACAACCGCCAGUUUUCGUAUGUCUGCGGUAUGAUAUCAACGCUGUCAUGGACUAUUAAUGCUGCGAGCGUGGCCCUUAUUGGGAGUCAGUUGCUCGUUUCCUUUCCUCAGUUCUUUAACGGCUAUGAACCGGAGCGAUGGCAUUUGUUUCUCAUCUAUCAGGGACUGAACUUGUUUUCACUCUUUUAUAACUUGUUUCUUCUGAAGCGUACAAACUGGAUCCACGAUUGUGCUUUUGUCCUUACUCUGACAACUUUCUUCGUCACAUGCAUAACAUGCUUAUCUCGAAGCAAAAAACAAUCUUCAGAGUGGGUGUGGACAAACUUCGAUACCACGACUGGUUGGAAUGAUGGCGUUGCAUUUAUGACCAGCUUGGUGACGCCCUGUUACAUGUACGGCGGUCUUGACGCUGCCCUGCAUCUUGCUGAGGAGACCUUGAAUGCGUCGCAGACGGUCCCGCGCGCUCUCAUGGCAACAAUAGGCAUUGGCUUUCUCACAGCGUUCACAUUCGCUGUCUCCAUGGCGUACUGUGUCUCUGAUGUGGAAGGCCUCCUUACGGCUACAAUGCCCAUUUUUGAGCUUUGGCGUACCGCAACGCGAUCAGAUGCUGCUGGAGUGACUUUUCUCGUUUCGCUGACGGUCAUCGUUAUCUUUGUACUCAUCGCCAUCCAGCAAACGACAUCUCGCCUGAUAUGGGCAUUCGCCAAAGACCGUGGACUCUACCUCUCAAACCACCUCUCUCAACUCUCACCAAAGCUCAGGGAGAUCCCUUCCAACGCACUUAUCCUUAACACCGUGCUGGUGCUCUUUUGUGGGUGCUUGUUUUUGGCGUCGACUGCAGCCUUCAAUGCUCUUGUUGGCUCAUUCCUCCUCUUGCAAAUGAUUUCAUUUGCUUUACCGGCUGCCCUACUUAUCUACCAGAAGCGCAGCUCGACCUUUCUUCCUCAAUGCCGUGGUUUUCGAGUUCCGGAUCCUGUUGGAUGGAUUUGCAACUUUGGAACUAUUAUUGCGGCUGUUAUCGAACUUGUGUUCUUUGUGUUCCCCAGCUCCCUCCCCGUAUCAGCUUUGUCCAUGAGUAAGUCCCCUCGUGGCACUUAA